AGUGUUGAAUAAUAAUGAUAAUUAUUUAACAAGAAAACCUCGUUUGUUGUAAUGUUCUCUUUUGUGACGGGAGAGAUUUUUAUCUUUAGUCUAAUUGCCACAUGUUAAUUAAGCUUACAUUACAGACUCAAGUCAGAGCACUGAAGAAACUGGAGCACAAACUGAUUGGCAUAAAGUGCAAUGUGACCUUGACGAAGAGUGAGGAGGAACUUUUUUCUAGGUCAGAUGAGACAAAUUCAACAGUGUGCUGUACAUUGAUUCGUGAAUUCAGCCAUCAAGUACAACAUCUCAAUAGAAUUCUCAAUUUCUGGACUGAUUUUGAUAAUAUGCUCGAAGAAUUUCUAUCGAAUGAACUCUACAUUCAGAAUAAAUUAUCUGAUCUCGACUCGAUUGUUUGCUGUAUGACUCGAAAAACAAAGGAUUUCGAGGAAUCCGAAGUGGCAGAGGAAAACUGUGUCCACCAAGAACGAAAACAAUUCUUACAAAGAUCUGAAGAACGUCAAACGAUCUUAAAGGAUCUUGUGAAUUCUUACUCAAAGUCUGAGGACCGGGAUCACUCGAUAAGGGAUAAAAGAAGGAUGAGAGAAAAGACACUCGACAAAGAGCGACUGAUGGACAGAGCUGCUUUGAAACUCGCUUUAAAGCGGAUGAUGCGGAUAAUGGGUGCACCGGAAAUUCAGAAGACUUCUAGUUUGACAAAGAGAGAAAAAUCACCAUCUCAAAUCGGUGUGACAAAAGUUUAA